GUGUCCAUCAGCAAUGAAUGCAACCUCUUGCUGGCAGUUAGGCAAUCUGUUUCCACGCUGCAUUCGCUUCCCCAUUUCUUUAUAUUUUUCUUUUCUUCCAAUUUAAUUAUGCUAUUUUUCAUCUAUUUAUAGCAAUUUACACUCCCAUAUACCGCUUAUCUCUUCACAUUCUAGUGAACGCCGCCAUGGCCGACGCCGCUCAGCUCAAGUCCGACGCUCUCAUGGGCCAAAUGAAGCUUCACCUCGCCUCCGACGCCGGAAAGGAACUCAUCAAGAAAAUCGGUCUCGUUUACCAGCUCAACAUCGCUCCUAAGAAGCUUGGAUUUAAUGAGAAGAUUUAUGUUGUUGAUCUGAAGAAAGGGGAGGUUAAGGAAGGGAAAUAUGAGGAUGGGAAGCCUGAUGCGACCUUUUCCUUUACUGAUGAUGAUUUUCUGAAAAUUGCUAUGGGGAAGAUGAACCCCCAAAUUGCUUUUAUGAGGGGUGCUAUAAGGAUCAAGGGAAGCAUCAGUGCAGCUCAAAAAUUCACACCAGAUAUAUUCCCAAAGCCAUCUAAGAUGUGAACAGGGAAGGAUCACUAAGCCCUUAUGUGAUGCCAUAUCAAAUCCAUUCUGUUGAGUGUUACUAUCUAGCCUCUAGGGUAAACCAACACAUGGCCUUAGAAUUAAGAAAAGAUUUGAAUUUGUCCAUCUUGUAUCUCAUAUCAGAUAAGAAUCCUUGUUCCUGUCUAAUGUGACAUGGUACUUGUGGCAUUUGAUAACUUAUUCAAUAUAAAAGUUCAUAUUUUACUUGGUC